UUAUCAAUCAAACAAACAAAACGCCAUAUACAAAAGUUUCGUAGUGAAAUUUAAGAAUCAUUGAAUUGUUAUGGCAACCUUCACCCUUCACAAAGAAACCGUUCAAUCAUGGUUACCUCUACAUAGAACUCACAUAGUCUUCCACUUCAUAUGCAUUUUGUUUCUCUUUUACUACCGUAUCAAAAAUUUAUUUAUUUCAUAUCCAUGGCUUCUAAUGACAUUAGCUGAGAUUAUUCUAUCAUUUAUGUGGGUUUUCAACCAAGCGUUCCGUUGGCGGCCGGUGACUCGUUCAGUGAUGACCGAGAAAUUACCGGCUGAAGAGAAGUUACCGGGACUCGACAUAUUUGUGUGUACGAUUGAUCCUGAAAAAGAACCAACGGUAGAAGUUAUGAACACUGUUGUUUCUGCUAUUGCUAUGGAUUACCCUCCUGAUAAACUUUCUAUUUAUCUUUCUGAUGAUGGAGGUUCUACCAUUACUCUAUUUGGGAUUAAAGAGGCUUUUCAAUUUGCUAAAGUUUGGGUUCCUUUUUGUAAGAAAUAUGGUGUUAAGUCAAGGUGUCCUAAGAUUUUUUUCUCACCUUUGGGUGAGGAUGAACAACUUCCAACACAUGAAUUUGAAGCAGAGAGGGACCAGAUUAAGAGCAAAUACGAGAAAAUGGAGAAAUAUAUUGAAAAAUUGGAAAGCGACCCCAAAAAUCUUCGUGUGGUGAAUGAUAGGCCUUCUCUCAUUGAGAUUAUUAAUGACGAAAAGGAAAUGCCACUGGUUGUUUAUGUGUCUCGUGAAAGAAGACCAGAUGUUCCUCAUAGAUACAAAGGAGGAGCACUUAAUACAUUGCUAAGGGUUUCAGGGCUAAUCAGCAAUGGCCCUUAUGUACUUGUCUUAGAUUGUGAUAUGAAUUGUAAUGAUUCAUCAUCAGCCAAACAAUCCAUGUGCUUUUUUCUUGAUCCUGAAACCUCCAAAGAUCUUGCUUUUGUCCAAUUCCCUCAAAUGUUUCACAACCUCAGCAAGAAAGAUAUAUAUGAUAGUCAGGCUAGGAAUGCUUUUACGACAAGGUGGAAAGGAAUGGAUGGAUUAAGAGGUCCAGGUCUCACUGGCAGUGGAAAUUAUUUAAGUAGAAGUGCAUUACUCUUUGGAAGUCCAAAACAAAAAGGGGACUAUCUACUUGAUGCUCAAACCAACUAUGGCAAGUCUACUAUGUAUGUAGAGUCACUGAAAGCAAUAUUUGGUCAGCAAACUACUAAUCAAAAUGCUUCAAGAGAUGUAAGUUUACAAGAAGCGAGUGUAGCGGCUUCUUGUACCUAUGAAAGUAACACAAAUUGGGGUACUGAGGUGGGAUUCUCAUAUGCUAUAAAACUUGAGAGUACAGUUACUGGUUAUCUCCUUCACUGUAGAGGAUGGAGAUCAACCUAUCUCUAUCCAAAAAGACCAUGUUUCUUAGGAUGUGCCCCAACUGACAUGAAAGAGGGAUACCUUCAGUUGGUAAAGUGGACAUCUGAACUUUGCUUGCUUGGAAUCUCUAAGUAUAGCCCAUUCACUUAUGGGAUUUCAAGAUUGCCCAUUAUUCAUUGUCUAACCUUUUGCUACUUCACAACCACAACUCAAUAUACUAUUGCUUACACACUUUAUGGAAUCAUUCCUCAGAUUUGCUUCUUGAAAGGAAUUUCUGUAUUUCCAAAGGUUACAGAACCUUGGUUUAUAGUGUUUACAUUAUUAUAUGUAUCCACUCAAAUUCAACAUUAUAUUGAGGUAAUUUCAAGUGGUGGCUCCUCUAGAAUUUGGUGGGAUGAACAAAGAAGUUGGAUUGUAAAAUCAAUUGGAUGUUUUUUUGCAAUUAUAGAAGCAACAAAAAAAUGGUUUGGGUUGAAUAAGGGAAAAUUCACUUUAUCAAACAAAGCAGUUGACAAAGAUAAGGUAAAGCAAUAUGAGCAAGGUAAAUUUAAUUUUGAAGGUGCAACGUUGUUGAUGGCACCAUUGAUUGUGUUGCUCAUAAUAAACAUUGUUUGCUUCUUUGGUGGUUUAUGGAGACUACUCAAUAAGAAGGAUUUUGAUGAAAUGUUUGGUCAACUUUUUCUCAUUAGCUAUCUAAUAGCUUUAAGUUAUCCUAUUAUUGAGGGGAUUAUAAGUAUGAAACGCAAGGUUGGGUAGCAAAUAUCUUAACCAUGAAAAGCAUAUGAGUAUGUCAUAGUAUUUUGUAUCUUCUAAUUUUGUAAUCUUAAGCUUAGAUGAUUUUGAGAGAACAAUCUUAUGUUUGGCUGAAUUUCAUUUUUCUAAUGUAUUACAUCUUUUGUCAUAA